AUGGCCAGCCGGCGCGACUUCCUCAGCCAACCGGCACCCGACAACUAUGUGGCCGGCCUCGGUCGUGGAGCCACCGGCUUCACCACACGGUCAGAUCUUGGUCCAGCGCGCGAAGGUCCCAGCGAAGACCAAAUUAAAGCUGCCGUCGCGAAGAGGUCCGCGCAGCUUGGUCUAACGGAAUCGAAAGACGACGGCAAGGAUGAUGAUGAGCGGUAUCAGGAUCCCGAUAACGAAGUUGGCCUUUUCGCGGGCGGCAUCUACGAGAAGGACGACGAGGAGGCCGACCGGAUAUGGAAAGACGUCGAUGACAAGAUGGCUAAGCGCCGCCAGAAACAAAGGGAAAUACGGGAAAACAACGAACGCGAAGAAUACGAGCGCAUGAACCCCAAGAUACAACAGCAGUUUGCCGGCCUCAAGCGUGCCCUCGAGACGGUGACUGACGAAGAAUGGGCGAGCCUGCCAGACCCCAAAGACCUCACCGGCCGCACGAAGCGAGCCCGCCAGGAACGCAUGCAACGCUUCUACGCUGUACCCGACAGCGUGCUGGCCGCGGCGAGAGACCAGGGGCAAUUCGGGACUACGGUCUCGGAUGAUGGUGGCGGGACCGGUGGCUCAGUAGACGGGGGUAACAAAGAUGGCACAGUGACAGAUUUCGCUAAGAUUGGCGCGGCCCGCGACAAAGUGCUUCGCGCCAGGUUGGAACAACAGUCACAGAGCAGCGGCAUUGCUACGGCGGGGGGCGCGACGAGUAUUGACCCGAAGGGCUACCUCACCUCCCUGUCGAGCCUGCAAGGCGCAGAGCAGAGCAUCGGGGACAUGGAACAGUUCCGGAAGAUGCUCAAGUCAGCGGUCGAUUCGAACCCGAAACAAGCUGCAAGCUGGAUUGCCGCAGCUCGGUUAGAGAUUGCGGCUGGGAAACCUGGUGCUGCACGCAAUUUGAUUGCUAAGGGGUGUCAGCAUUGCCCCAAAAGCGAGGACAUCUGGCUGGAGAACAUCCAUCUCAACGACAACCGCAACGCUAAGGUGAUCGCCGCGCAGGCUAUCCAGGCUAACCCGCACUCGGUCAAGCUCUGGGUCGAAGCGAUGAAGCUUGAGAAUGACCCGCGAUCCCGGAAGAAGGUUAUCCGGCGAGCGUUGGAUCACAAUCCGGAGUCGGAAGCGCUGUGGAAGGAGGCUGUCAACCUGGAAGAAGACCCAGCCGAUGCGCGCAUGCUGUUGGCCAAGGCCACCGAGCUCAUUUCUGAGUCUCUCGACCUGUGGUUGGCACUCGCACGUCUCGAGACCCCGGAAAACGCGCGCAAGGUGCUCAAUAAAGCGGUCAAGAAGCUGCCCAGCUCGCACGAGCUCUGGAUUGCGGCCGCCCGACUCGAGGAGCAGAUCAACGAGAGUGCCCGGCGGCCGGUGAUGAAGAACGCAGUGCAAUUCCUUGCCAAGCGCAAUGCCAUGCCGAAGCGCGAAGAAUGGAUUGCCGAGGCGGAGAAGUGUGAGGACGAAGGGGCUGUGGUUACAUGCAGCAACAUAAUCGAAGAGACGCUCGGGUGGGGCCUGGACGAAGACGAUGACCGCAAGGAGAUUUGGAUGGAAGAUGCCAAAGCUAGCAUUGGUCGCGAUAAGUUUGCGACGGCCCGCGCCAUCUAUGCAUACGCCUUGCGCGUCUUUCCCAACAGCCGGAGCCUAUAUCUCGCAGCGGUGGAGCUCGAACGCAACCAUGGCACGAAAGAUGACCUAUGGCGGGCGCUUGAGAAAGCCGUCGAGGCGUGCCCCCACGUGGAAGUUUUCUGGCUUAUGUUAGCCAAAGAAAAGGCAGGUGAGCUUAACGAGGCGCGGCGUGUGUUGGCGCGGGCGUUCAAGCAGAACCCGGACAACGAGGAUAUCUGGCUAGCUGCGGUUAAGCUUGAGGCGGACAACGGGUUCACCGAGCAAGCACGCGACCUGCUCAAGACGGCACGGCAGAACGCGCCGACUGACCGCGUGUGGAUGCGGAGCGUGGCAUUCGAGCGGCAACUCGGCGCCGACGAGGCCGCGCUGGACCUGGUGCAGGACGCCCUGCAACUCUUCCCGGCGGCCCCCAAGCUAUGGAUGAUGAAGGGCCAGAUUUACGAGGAUCUUGGCAAAUUGCCGCAGGCCCGCGAUGCGUAUGGCACUGGCGUACGUGCGGUGCCAACGUCCGUGCCGUUAUGGUUGCUCUAUGCGCGCCUCGAGGAGCGGGCGGGCAACGUUGUCAAGGCGCGCAGCGUACUCGAUCGCGCGCGGCAGGCCGUACCCAAGUCCCCGGAGCUCUGGACGGAGUUGAUCCGCGUCGAGCGCCGAGCGGGCAAUCUGGGGCAGGCCAAAAGCUUGAUGGCCAGCGCGCAGCAGCAGAUGCCCAAGAAUGGGCUUCUUUGGGCUGAGCGUAUUCUACAUUUGGAGCCGCGCACCCAACGCAAGACGCUCAUCACGGAAGCCAUCAAGAAAGUCGAAGACGACCCCGUCCUGCAGGUCACGGCGGCGCGCAUCUUGUGGGCGGAGCGCAAACUGGACCGGGCGCAGAACUGGUUCGAGCGAGCACUACUACUGGAUCGCGACGUGGGUGAUACGUGGGCAUGGUACUACAAAUUCCUGCUUCAGCACGGGACAGACGAGAAGAAGGCAGAUCUAAUCGCCAAGUGCGUGCUCAACGAUCCACGCCAUGGCGAGGUGUGGCAAGGGGUGGCGAAGGAUCCGAAGAAUGCUGGGAAAGGGACGGAAGAGGUUUUGAAGCUAGUUUCAGCGGCCUUGAAUUAG